AAUAAAAUAUUACCACCAUGUCGUCUACUCAACUUGAAGCCGAGAACCAUAAGCGUGAUGCGGAGUUUAACAAGGCCUUGCAUGGCAACACUUCGAAGGCCAAGGGUGGUCUGUCUGCUAUGAUGGGAAAGGAUAAGAGCGCUCAGCAGGCUGCUGUUGAUGAAUAUUUCAAGCACUGGGAUCAGAAACCCUCUGCUGACGAGACAGAAGAAACCAGAGAGGCGAGAAGAGCGGAAUAUGCUACCCUGACCAGACAUUACUACAACUUGGCUACCGAUUUUUACGAAUAUGGAUGGGGAGCUUCGUUCCACUUCUGCCGUUUUGCCUAUGGUGAACCCUUCCGUCAAGCCAUUGCCAGGCAUGAACACUACCUGGCCCACUCUAUCGGUCUGAAGGAAAACCAGCUCGUUCUUGACGUGGGUUGUGGUGUUGGCGGCCCCGCUAGGGAGAUAGCCAAAUUCGCAGGCGUUAAUAUCGUUGGUUUGAACAAUAACGACUAUCAAAUUGAACGUGCCACCCACUAUGCUGAGAAGGAAGGCCUAUCCAAACAAUUGCGUUUUGUCAAGGGUGACUUUAUGCAAAUGUCCUUUGAGCCAAACACCUUUGAUGCCGUGUACGCUAUUGAGGCUACCGUUCAUGCUCCUUCCCUCGAAGGCGUUUAUUCUCAGAUUUUCAAGGUUCUCAAGCCAGGCGGCAUGUUUGGUGUUUAUGAAUGGGUUAUGACCGACAAGUAUGACAACGAAAACCCCGUUCACCGCGAGAUCCGACUUGGAAUCGAACAAGGUGACGGUAUCUCAAAUAUGGUCAAGGAAAGCGUUGCCAUUGAAGCCAUGAAGGCUGCCGGUUUCGAGCUUCUCAAAGUAGAAGAUCUCGCUAACCGUCCGGAUCCCAGCCCAUGGUACUAUCCUCUCGCUGGCUCCUGGAAGCAUAUGUCCUCUCUUGGAGAUAUCUUCACUAUCAUGAGAAUGACUUGGUGGGGUCGCGCUAUUGUCCACCGCUUCCUUGGCUCGAUGGAGAAGGUCGGCCUCUUCCCCAGGGGCUCCCAGAAGACAGGAGACAGUCUAGCUUAUGCCGCUGAUUGUUUAGUCAAGGGCGGAGAAAUGAAACUAUUCACCCCUAUGCUCCUCAUGGUUGGCAGGAAACCAGAGUAAAAUACCUUGUUUGCUCUG